UCUAGGAAUUGGCUACUAGAAAAUUGAUAUUAUAAUUAGUUAUAUUAAUAGUUUAAAAUGAAAUAGAUUUAAUUUUCUUAAUACUAUAUGUAUGUAAACAUAAAAAUGAGUGAAUGUGUGUGUAUAAUAUAUACCAUGUUUAAUGAAACACCAGAAGCAUUCUUAUUAAAAUUGGAUGAAGACAAGGAUGUCCUUUGUCACCACUGAUUUGUAAUAAUAUUGCAAAGGUAUGAGUUAAUACAAUUAUAAGUGAGAAAGAAAUUAAAAGUAUGAAAGUAGGAAAAGAGUAAUUAAGAUUAUUGUUAAUUGUAAAUGAUACUGCAUACCUUGAAAUCCCAAGAAAAAAACAAAAACCCCUUCCCUUCGAGUUGAUUGCAAAUCAUAAUGACUCUCUAGGACAGAGUACAACUGCCAGCCUUUUGGUUAGCAGCCAAGCUCUUAACUACUGCGCCACCAGGGCUCCUGAAAUUCUGAGAGAACCAUUAAAUAAUAAAAAAAUCUUAAAAGAGAAUUCAGUAAGGUGACUGACUACUAGAGUAAUAAAUGCAAAACCAGUAGCCAUCACAUAUAUGUAAACAGCCACAAGAUAAAAUGGAAGAAAAGAUUCCAUUUAUAAAAGAGAUGAAAUAUCUAGAAAUAAACCUAAUGUGAAAGACUUAAGAUGUAUAUGAAGAAAGCUUCAAAACACUACUGAGUUUUGUGACAAAAACAGUCAGUAAACUAGGAAAUAGAAGGAAACUUCCUCAGCUUAUAAAGGUCAUGUAGGAAAAACAUAAUCAGUGCUGAAAAAAUAAAAGUUUUUCCCCUAAAAUCAGGAACAAGACAAGGAUACCCACUUUCUCCACUACUACUCAACAUAGUACUGGAAUUGUAGCCAGAACAAUUAGACAAGAAAAAGAUAUAAAAGACAUCCAAAUUGAAAAGGAAGAAGUAAAAUUCUGUUUGUACGUGACGAUCGUGUAGAAAACCUUGAAGGAUACAUACACACAAAAGGUUAAAAGUUAAUAAACGAAUUCAGCAAAGCUUUAGGGUACAGAAUCAACACACAAAAAUCAUUUGUAUUUCUAUACAUCAGCAAUGAGCAAACCAAGAAAGAAAUUAAGAAAACAGUUCCAUUUACUAUAGCAUGAAAAAAGGACAAAAUACUUAGAAAUAAAUUUAGCCAUGGAAGUGAAAGACUUGUAUACUGAAAAUUACAAAACAUUGCUGAAAGAAAUUUUGAAAGAUCUAAAUAAAUGGAAAGACAUCCCAUAGCUUGGAAGACUUCAUAUUGUUACAGUACAGGACGUUACUGCCCAAAGCAGUAUACACAUUCAGUGCAGUGCCUAUCAAAAUCCCAAUAAAAACCUAUCCUAAAAUUCAUACGAAAUUUACAGGGACCCUGAAUAGGCAAACAGUACUGAAAGAAGAACAAAGCUGAAGGACUCACACCUGCUUAUUUCAAAACUUACUACAAAGCUACAAUAACCAACAACGGUGUGGUACUGACAUAAGGGUAGACAUAUAAGUCAAUGGAAAAGAACAGAGAGCCCAGAAAUAAACCCUCACAUAUAUGGUCAAUUGAUUUUUAACAAGAGUGCCAAGACACUUCAGUGGGGAACAGGACACAAUCUUUCAACAAGUGGUGCUGGAGAAACUGGAUAUCCACAUGCAAAACAGUAGAGUUGGACCCCUCCCUUAUACCAUAUACAAAUGCCAGCGCACAAUGGGUCAAACACCUAACCCUUGGAGCUAAAAUUAUAAAACUAUUGGAAGAAAACAAAAGGGAAAAGCUUCAUAACACUAAAAGCAUGGACAAUAAUAGAAAAAACAGAUAAAUUGAGGUUCAUCAAAAUUAAAAACAUUCUGUAUCAAAGGACAUUAUCAAGAAAGUGAAAAGACAGUCUAUAGAAUGGGAGAAAAUUAUUUGCAAAUCAUGUCUCUGAUAUAUGGAGCUGCUAACCGAAAGGUCCGUGGUUUGAACUCACCAGCUGCUCCACGGGGGAAAAGAUGUGGUAGUCUGCUUCUGUAAAGAUUACAGCCUUGGAAAUGUCAUGAGGCAGUUCUGUCUUACAGUGUUGCUGAGUCAGAAUCAACUCCAUGGCAACAGGUUUUUAUAUCUGAUAAGAAAUCAGUGUCUAGAAUAUGUAAAGAACUCUUACAACUCAACAACAACAAACAGACUUAUUUUAAAAAUAGGGAAAGGACUUGAGUAGAAAUUCCUCUGGAGAAGUCUUACAAAUGGCCAGUAAGCACAGGAAAAAAUGGUUAACAUCAUUAGUGAUUAGGGAAAUAUAAAUCAAAACCAUACUGAGAUACCACUUUAUACCCAGUAAGAUGACUGUUAUAGAAACCAACAGACAAAUGGAAAAUGACAAGUGUUGGCAAGGAUGUGGAGCAACUGGAACACUCAUCCAUUGCUGGUAGGAAUGUAAAAUUAUGCAGCUGGUAUGGUGCAGUUUGGUGGUUCCUCAAAAAUUUAACAUAGAAUUAUCAUACCAUAUACAUACAUACCCAUUGCCAUUGAGUGGAUUCCGACUGAUAGUGAUGCUGUAGGACAGAGUAGAACUGCCCCAUAGGAUUUCCAGUGCUGUAACUCUUUAUAAAAGCAAACUGCCACAUCUUUCUCCCACAGAGAAGCUGGCAGGUUCAAACCAUCAACCUUUCGGUCAGCGGCUGAGCACUUUAACCACUGCACCAUCAGAGUUCCUCAGAAUUACCAUGUGAACCAGCAGUUCCACUCCUAGGUAUAUACCCCAAAAAACUGAAAGCAGGGACUCACACAGAUAACUUGUACAACAGUGUUUAUAGCAGCAUUGCUCACAGUAGCCAAAAGGUGGAAACAACACAAAUGUUCAUCAGUGGAUGAAUGGGUAAACAAAAUGUGAUAUGUCUAUGCAGUGGGAUAUUAUGCAGCCAUAAAAAAGGAAUGAUGUUCUGAUACAUGCUACAACAUAGAUGAACCUUGAAUACAUUAAGUGAAAUAAGGUAGAUACAAAAGAACAAAUAUUGUAUGUUUCUACUUCCAUGAAAAAUCUAGAAUAGGCAGAUUCUUAGGAAGUAGAAUGCAACUUACCAGGAGCUAGACAGAGCUGGUAAUGAGGACUUACUGUUUAAUGGGUAUAGAGUUUCUGUUUGGAAUGUUUCAGAAGAUCUGGAAAAGGAUUGUGAUGUUGCACAACACUGGGAAUGUACUUGACAGUACCAGUUGGCUGUCAGAUUGAUUCUGACUCAUGGCAACCCCAUGUAUGUCAGAGUAAAACUGUGCUCCAUGGGGUUUUCAGUGGUUCAUUUUUUAGAAAUAGAUUGCCAGACAUUUCUUCCAGGGAGUCUCUGGGUAGAUUCAAACCUUCAACCUUUGGUUUUAGCAGCCAAGCAAGUUAACUGUUUGCACCGCCCAGGGACUCCAUGAAUGUACUUAAUGCCACUGAAUUCUACACUCAAAAAUCAUUAAAAUGGAUCCUUCAAAGUUGUACAAGAAAGCAGGUGAUGUUGCAGCCAUUCAAUCCCAGUCUGAAGACAGCAUCCAUCUUCAUUCACAGGGAGAAAACAAUCCUUUGUCUAAGAAGCUUUCUCCAGUGCACUCAGAAAUGGCAGAUUACAUUAAUGCAACACCAUCUACUCUUGUUGGUGGCCGGGAUCCUGAUUUAAAGGAUCGAGCAUUACUUAAUGGAGGAGCUAGUGUAACAGAAAAGUUGGCACAGCUCAUUGCUACUUGUCCUCCUUCUAAGUCUUCCAAAACAAAACCGAAGAAAUUAGGAACUGGCACUACAGCAGGAUUGGUUAGCAAAGAUUUGAUCAGGAAAGCAGGCAUUGGCUCUGUAGCUGGAAUAAUACAUAAGGACUUAAUUAAAAAACCAGCUAUCAGCACAGCAGUUGGAUUGGUAACUAAAGAUCCUGGGAAGAAGCCAGUGUUUAAUGCAACUGUAGGAUUGGUCAGUAAGGACUCUGUAAAAAAACUGGGAACCAGCACUACAGCGGUAUUCAUUAAUAAAGACUUGGGCAAAAAAACAGGGACUAUCACUACCGUAGGACUGAUGAGCAAGGAUUCAGGAAAGAAGCUAGGAAUUGGAAUUGUUCCAGGUUUAGUGAAUAAAGAAUCUGGCAAGAAGUUAGGACUUGGCACGGUAGUAGGGUUGGUUAAUAAAGACUUGGGAAAGAAAUUGAGUUCUACUGUUGGUCUGGUGGCCAAGGACUGUGCAAAGAAGAUUGUAGCAGGUUCAACAAUGGGAUUGGUUAAUAAGGACAUUGGAAAGAAACUAGUGACUUGCCCUAUGACAGGACUGGUCAGUAAAGAGGCCAUAAACCUUAAAGCUGAAGCACUGCUCCCCACUCAGGAACCACUUAAGGCUUCUUGUAGUACAAACAUCAGUAGUCAUGAAAAUCAGGAACUUUCUGAAUCCCUGAAAGACAACACCACCAGCAAAACUUUUGAGAAGAAUGUUAUACGGCAGAGUAAAGACAGCAUAUUAGAAAAGUUCUCGGUUCGUAAAGAAAUUAUUAAUUUGGAAAAAGAAAUGUUUAAUGAAGGAACAUGCAUUCAGCAAGACAAUUUCUCAUCCAGUGAAAGGGGGUCCUAUGAAACUUCAAAGCAUGAAAAGCAGCCUCCCGUAUAUUGCACUUCUCCGGACUUUCAGAUGGGAGGUGCUUCUGAUGCAUCUACAGCUAAAUCGCCUUUUAGUGCAGUAGGAGAAAGCAAUCUCCCUUCCCCAUCACCUACAGUAUCUGUUAAUCCUUUAACCAGAAAUCCCCCUGAAACUUCUUCACAGCUGGCUAAUCCGUUACUUUUAAGUCGUACCACAGAACUAAUGGAAGAAAUUUCUGGAUCUGUUGCAAAGAAUCAGUUUACUUCUGAGAGUGCCCACUUGAACAUUGGUCAUAGGUCCAUGGGUCAUAGCAUGAAUAUUGACUGUAAAGGGAUUGAUAAGGAGCUAAAUGAUUCAAAAACUACACAUAUAGAUAUUCCAAGAAUAAGCUCUUCCCUGGGAAAAAAGCCGAGCCUGGCUUCUGAAUCCAGUAUUCAUACAAUUACCCCUUCGGUUGUUAACUUCACUAGUUUGUUUAGCAACAAGCCCUUUCUAAAACUUGGUGCAGUAACUGCAUCAGACAAACACUGCCAAGUUGCUGAAAGCCUAAGCACUAGUUUGCAGUCCAAACCGUUAAAAAAAAGGAAAGGAAGAAAACCUCGGUGGACUAAAGUGGUGGCAAGAAGCACAUGCCGGUCUCCAAAAGGGCUAGACUUAGAAAGAUCAGAGCUUUUUAAAAAUGUUUCAUGUAGCUCACUCUCAAGUAGUAAUUCUGAGCCCGCCAAGUUUAUGAAAAAUAUUGGAGCAUCUUCAUUUGUAGAUCAUGACUUUCUUAAACGCCGGUUGCCAAAGUUGAGCAAAUCCACAGCUCCAUCUCUCGCUCUCUUAACUGACAGUGAAAAACCAUCUCAUAAGUCUUUUGCUACUCACAAACUACCCUCCAGUAUGUGUGUCUCUAGUGACCUUUUGUCUGAUAUUUAUAAACCUAAAAGAGGAAGACCUAAAGCAAAGGAGAUGCCUCAACUGGAAGGUCCCCCUAAAAGGACUCUGAAAAUCCCAGCCUCUAAAGUUUUUUCUUUACAGUCUAAGGAAGAGCAAGAACCUCCAAUUUUACAGCCAGAAAUUGAAAUUCCUUCCUUUAAGCAAAGUCUGUCUGUGUCUCCUUUUCCCAAAAAGAGAGGCAGGCCUAAGAGACAGAUGAGGUCACCAGUCAAAAUGAAGCCACCUGUACUGUCAGUGGCUCCAUUUGUUGCCACUGAAAGUCCAAGCAAGCUGGAAUCUGAAAGUGACAACCAGAGAAGUAGCAGUGAUUUCUUUGAGAGCGAGGACCAGCUUCAGGAUCCGGAUGAUCUAGAUGACAGUCAUAGGCCAAGCCUCUGUAGUAUGAGUGACCUUGAGAUGGAGCCUGAUAAAAAAAUUAGCAAGAGAAACAAUGGACAAUUAAUGAAAACGAUUAUCCGCAAAAUAAAUAAAAUGAAGACUUUGAAGAGAAAGAAACUGUUGAAUCAGAUCCUUUCAAGCUCUGUAGAAUCAAGUAAUAAAGGGAAAGUGCAAUCCAAACUCCAUAAUACAGUGUCAAGUCUUGCUGCCACAUUUGGCUCUAAAUUGGGCCAACAGAUAAAUGUCAGUAAGAAAGGAACAAUUUACAUAGGAAAGAGAAGGGGUCGAAAACCGAAAACUGUCCUAAAUGGCAUUCUUGCUGGCAGCCCUACCAGCCUUGCUGUCCUUGAGCAAACAGCUCAGCAGGCAGCUGGGUCAGCAUUAGGACAGAUCCUCCCCCCUUUACUGCCAUCAGCUGCUGGUAGUUCUGAGAUUCUUCCAUCACCUAUCUGCUCUCAGUCUUCUGGGACUAGUGGAGGUCAGAGCCCUGUAAGCAGUGAUGCAGGCUUCGUUGAACCCAGUUCUGUGCCGUAUUUGCAUUUACACUCCAGACAGGGCAGUAUGAUUCAAACUCUUGCAAUGAAGAAGGCCUCAAAAGGACGGAGGCGAUUAUCUCCUCCAACUUUGUUGCCAAAUUCCCCCUCGCACUUAAGUGAACUCACAUCUUUGAAAGAAGCAACUCCAUCCCCAAUUAGUGAGUCUCAUAGUGAUGAGACCAUUCCCAGUGAUAGUGGAAUUGGAACAGAUAAUAACAGUACAUCAGACAGGGCAGAGAAAUUUUGUGGGCAAAAAAAGAGACGACAUUCUUUUGAGCAUGUUUCUUUGAUCCCCCCUGAAACCGCCACAGUCCUAAACAGUCUUAAAGAAAAACAUAAACACAAAUGUAAGCGCAGAAAUCAUGAUUACCUCAGCUUUGACAAGAUGAAAAGGCAGAAACGAAAGCGGAAAAAGAAAUAUCCCCAACUCCGAAACAGACAGGACCCAGACUUUCUUGCAGAGCUGGAGGAGCUAAUAAGCCGCCUAAGUGAAAUUCGUAUCACCCAUCGAAGUCAUCAUUUUAUUCCCCGAGAUCUUCUGCCAACUAUUUUUCGAAUCAACUUUAAUAGUUUCUAUACACAUCCUUCUUUUCCCAUAGACCCUUUGCACUACAUUCGAAAACCUGACUUAAAAAAGAAAAGAGGGAGACCCCCUAAGAUGAGGGAGGCAAUGGCCGAAAUGCCUUUUAUGCACAGCCUUAGUUUUCCUCUCUCCAGUACUGGAUUCUAUCCCUCUUAUGGCAUGCCUUAUUCUCCUUCACCACUUACAGCUGCUCCCAUAGGACUAGGUUACUAUGGAAGGUAUCCCCCCACCCUUUAUCCACCUCCUCCAUCUCCUUCUUUCACCACCCCACUUCCACCUCCUUCCUAUAUGCAUGCUGGUCAUUUACUUCUAAAUCCCACCAAAUACCAUAAGAAAAAGCAUAAGCUACUUCGACAGGAGGCCUUUCUUACAACCAGCAGGACUCCCCUCCUUUCCAUGAGUACUUACCCCAGUGUCCCUCCUGAGAUGGCCUAUGGUUGGAUGGUUGAGCACAAACACAGGCACCGUCACAAACACAGAGAGCACCGUUCUUCUGAGCAGCCCCAGGUUUCCAUGGACACUGGCUCUUCCAGAUCUGUCCUGGAGUCUUUGAAGCGCUAUCGAUUUGGGAAGGAUAGUGUCGGAGAGCGAUAUAAACAUAAGGAAAAGCACCGGUGUCACCUGUCCUGUCCUCAUCUUUCUCCUUCAAAAAGCUUAAUAAACCGAGAGGAACAGUGGGUCCACCGAGAGCCCUCAGAAUCGAGUUCAUUGGCCUUGGGAUUGCAGACUCCUUUACAGAUUGACUGUUCAGAAAGUUCUCCAAGUUUAUCCCUUGGUGGAUUCACUCCCAACUCUGAGCCAGCCAGCAGUGAUGAACAUACAAACCUUUUCACAAGUGCAAUAGGCAGCUGCAGAGUUUCAAACCCAAACUCCAGUGGCCGGAAGAAGUUAACUGACAGCCCUGGACUCUUUUCUGCACAGGACACUUCGUUAAAUCGGCCUCACAGAAAGGACCCACUGCCUUCCAAUGAAAGGGCAGUACAGACCCUGACAGGUUCUCAGCCAACCCCAGAGAAGCCCUCCCAGCGACCCUCAGAAAGCACAAACUGUAGCCCUACCCGGAAGAGGUCUCCAUCUGAGAGCACUUCUUCAACAGUGAAUGGAGUUCCCUCUCGAAGUCCAAGGUUGGGAGCUUCUGUGGAUGACUCUGUGGAUAGUCUGCUACAGCGGAUGGUGCAACAUGAGGACCAAGAACCUGUGGAAAACGAUAUUGAUGCUGUGGUUGCCACUGCUUCUGCACCACCUUCCUCCAGUCCAGGCCGUAGUCAUAGCAAGGAGCGAACCCUGGGAAAACCAGACGGCCCUCUAGUGCCUGCAGUCCCCAGUGACUCUUGCAGUCCUAAUAACAUCGCACUCAUUCCUGAAAAGUUGCCAAGCAGCUGUUCACCCCAUCAUAUCAAGAGAAGUGUAGUGGAAGCUAUGCAGCGCCAAGCUCGGAAAAUGUGCAAUUAUGACAAAAUCUUGGCCACGAAGAAAAACCUGGACCAUGUCAAUAAAAUUUUAAAAGCCAAAAAACUUCAAAGGCAGGCCAGGACAGGGAAUAACUUUGUGAAACGCAGACCGGGUCGGCCUCGGAAAUGUCCCCUCCAGGCUGUGGUGUCAACGCAAGCGUUCCAGGCUGCCGAGUUUGUCAGCCCAGAAUUGAAUGAAGAAGAAGGGGCAUUGCACCUAGGUCCUGAUACAGUUACAGAUGUCAUCGAGGCUGUUGUUCAGAGUGUAAACCUGAACCCAGAACAUAAGAAGGGAUUGAAGAGGAAAAGUUGGCUGUUAGAAGAACAAUCCAGGAAAAAGCAGAAGCCGUUACCAGAGGAAGAGCAAGAGAAUAAUAAAAGCUUCACCGAAGCAGCAGUUGAGACUCCCAGUCCUCUCGAAACCCCUGACAAACCUCCUGAACCUGAAAGUAGCUUGCAGCCUGUACUCUCUCUCAUCCCAAGGGAAAAGAAGACCCCUCGUCCCCCAAAGAAGAAGUAUCAGAAAGCAGGGCUGUAUUCUGACGUUUACAAAACUACAGACCCAAAGAGCCGAUUGAUCCAGUUAAAGAAAGAGAAGCUGGAGUACACUCCAGGAGAACAUGAAUAUGGUUUAUUUCCAGCUCCCAUUCAUGUUGGAAAGUAUCUAAGGCAAAAGAGAAUUGACUUCCAGCUUCCCUAUGACAUCCUCUGGCAGUGGAAACACAAUCAGCUAUACAAAAAACCAGAUGUCCCGCUAUAUAAAAAAAUCCGUUCAAAUGUCUAUGUUGAUGUCAAACCCCUUUCUGGUUAUGAGGCUACCACUUGUAAUUGUAAGAAGCCAGAUGAUGACACCGGGAAGGGCUGUGUGGAUGACUGCCUCAACAGAAUGAUCUUUGCUGAAUGUUCCCCCAACACUUGCCCCUGUGGUGAGCAGUGUUGUAACCAGAGGAUACAGAGGCAUGAGUGGGUGCAGUGUCUAGAACGAUUUCGAGCUGAGGAAAAAGGUUGGGGGAUCAGAACCAAAGAACCCCUAAAAGCUGGGCAGUUCAUCAUUGAAUACCUGGGGGAGGUUGUCAGCGAACAGGAGUUCAGGAACAGGAUGAUUGAACAGUAUCAUAAUCACAGUGACCACUACUGUCUGAACCUGGAUAGUGGGAUGGUAAUUGACAGUUACCGCAUGGGAAAUGAAGCCCGAUUCAUCAAUCACAGCUGUGACCCAAAUUGUGAAAUGCAGAAAUGGUCUGUUAAUGGCGUUUACCGGAUUGGACUGUAUGCUCUUAAAGACAUGCCAGCUGGGACUGAACUCACUUAUGAUUACAACUUUCACUCCUUUAAUGUUGAAAAACAGCAACUGUGUAAGUGUGGCUUUGAGAAAUGUCGAGGAAUCAUUGGAGGCAAGAGUCAACGUAUGAAUGGACUCACCAGCAGCAAAAGCAGCCAGCCUGUGGUCACACAUAAAAAGCCUGGACGGUCGAAAGAGAAGAGGAAGUCUAAGCACAAGCUGAAGAAAAGGAGAGGCCACCUCCCUGAGGAGCCCAGUGAAAACAUCAACACCCCAACAAGAUUAACCCCCCAAUUACAGAUGAAGCCGAUGUCCAAUCGAGAGAGAAACUUUGUAUUAAAGCAUCAUGUGUUUUUAGUCCGAAACUGGGAGAAGAUUCGGCAGAAACAGGAAGAAGUGAAGCACACCAGUGAUAGCAUUCACUCAGCGUCAUUAUACACUCGCUGGAAUGGUAUCUGCCGAGAUGAUGGGAACAUCAAGUCAGAUGUCUUCAUGACCCAGUUCUCCGCCCUACAGACAGCUCGAUCUGUUCGAACUAGACGGUUGGCAGCUGCAGAAGAAAACAUUGAAGUAGCUCGGGCAGCCCGCCUAGCCCAGAUCUUCAAAGAGAUCUGUGAUGGUAUCAUCUCUUACAAAGACUCUUCUCGACAAGCACUGGCAGCUCCACUGUUGAACCUCCCCUCAAAGAAAAAGAAUGCCGAUUAUUACGAGAAGAUCUCUGAUCCCCUGGAUCUUGUCACCAUUGAGAAGCAGAUUCUCACUGGUUACUAUAAAACAGUGGAGGCUUUUGAUGCUGACAUGCUCAAGGUCUUUCGGAAUGCUGAGAAAUAUUAUGGGCGUAAAUCCCCAAUCGGGAGAGACGUUUGCCGCCUACGCAAAGCCUAUUAUAACGCCCGGCAUGAGGCAUCAGCCCAGAUUGAUGAGAUCGUGGGAGAGACAGCAAGUGAAGCAGACAGCAGUGAGACCUCAGUGUCUGAGAAGGAGAAUGGCCAUGAGAAGGACGAUGAUGUCAUCCGCUGUAUAUGUGGCCUCUACAAGGAUGAAGGCCUCAUGAUCCAGUGUGACAAGUGCAUGGUGUGGCAGCACUGCGACUGUAUGGGGUUGAAUUCAGAUGUGGAGCACUACCUUUGUGAGCAGUGUGAGCCAAGGCCUGUGGACAGGGAGGUACCCAUGAUCCCUCGGCCCCACUAUGCCCAACCUGGCUGUGUCUACUUCAUCUGUUUGCUGCGAGAUGACUUGCUGCUUCGUCAAGGUGACUGUGUGUAUCUGAUGAGGGAUAGUCGGCGCACCCCUGAUGGCCACCCAGUCCGUCAGUCCUACCGACUGUUAUCUCACAUUAACCGAGAUAAACUUGACAUCUUCCGGAUUGAGAAGCUUUGGAAGAAUGAAAAAGAGGAAAGGUUUGCCUUUGGCCACCAUUAUUUCCGUCCCCAUGAAACUCACCACUCUCCAUCCCGUCGGUUCUAUCACAAUGAACUCUUUCGGGUGCCUCUCUAUGAGAUCAUUCCCUUGGAGGCUGUAGUGGGGACCUGCUGUGUGUUGGACCUUUAUACAUAUUGUAAAGGGCGACCCAAAGGCGUGAAGGAGCAAGACGUGUACAUCUGUGAUUAUCGGCUCGACAAGUCAGCACACCUGUUUUACAAGAUCCAUCGGAACCGCUAUCCUGUCUGCACCAAACCCUACGCCUUCGAUCACUUCCCCAAGAAGCUCACUCCCAAAAGAGAUUUCUCACCUCAUUAUGUCCCAGACAACUACAAGAGGAACGGAGGGCGAUCAUCCUGGAAGUCUGAGCGCUCGAAGCCACCCCUGAAAGACCUGGGCCAAGAAGACGAUGCUCUGCCCUUGAUCGAGGAGGUUCUGGCCAGUCAGGAGCAAGCAGCCAACGAGAUGCCCAGCCUGGAGGACCCGGAACCAGAGGGGGCCACCGCUGAAGUCGGUGAGGGCGAAAAGAAGCAAGAGGAAAGUAGUCAGGAAUCCCAGCCAGCCUGUACCCCCGAGGAGCGACGGCAUAACCAACGGGAGCGACUCAACCAGAUCCUGCUCAAUCUCCUUGAAAAAAUCCCUGGGAAAAACGCCAUCGAUGUGACCUACUUGCUGGAGGAAGGAUCAGGCAGAAAACUGCGAAGGCGUACUUUGUUUAUCCCAGAAAGCAGCUUUCGGAAGUGAACCUUAAGGAAUUAGAACCUCAAGCAUCUGGGAUCCAUCCAGUGGAGCUAGUCAGUCCUGCCUCCUGCUCUCUGGGUGCAGACAGGGGUGGGAAGGGUCCGUCCAGUCAAGGGGAAUGGGGCCGUGCUGUUAACAUUAGGUACUUAAUACACCUUGGAGCUGGUGGAGAGGAAGAGGAAGGGGAUCUGUCCAAGACAGUUCAUUUGAAUUUUUUCCUCUCCAUUGCUUCACCCUGAGGGUUAAUAAUGUGGGGAGGAAUGAGGGGCACAUGGGGGUGACUAGAGCCUAUUGGUACUUUGCAACACUUGCCCCUCCUUCCAGCUUGGGUUUUCCGUGUCAUCCUUUGAUCCUACAGGCACUGCUAAGAAGCUGCUUCCCAUACCCAGGUAUUACUCACAAUCCCAAGGGAUGGGACCAGGAUCCCCACCCUGACUCCACCUGUUCUCUGUAGGCUCCAAGAGCUACCCCAGAGACCUAGAACGGAAACAGCUGGGGCCUCAUCCCAGAUCCCUAACGAGGAAAGUUUCUCUCUCCUUUCUUGCCCAACCAGGUCAAAGUAAAAUGGGAGUUGACAUCUCAAAGCACUUGUAACUGCCGCCCCUCUCCCUGCCUCUACUCCCCAAAAUGGGAUCAUGGGAUAGAGAGGGCCCCCACGGGGCCAGAAGGGCGCAGUACUUCUUGUAGUUGUUUUGAUCUGUUGUACCCUCCGUUACCUGCCGAGCGGAUUUUUUUCUAAUGGGAAAGCCAGGCCCCCGCCAGCACACGUGCUGUUUUUGAUGCUCUGUGGUUGUGUGUCUGCUGUGCUGUGCGAAUGGAGACUUGUUUCAAAAUUAAAACAUUUAAAAAUCUACAUAAAAAGAGCUCUAAAUCCCACCCCCCCAACAAGACACUACAUAAACUGUUGAGCAGUAUUCAUCUAUCGGAGUAUUUGUCGUGAGUGUAGACUAUCAGCUGAAAACACUACUCUUGUGUUCUAAUUGUACAGUUUUCGAUGUCCAUCUCUUAAAGAGACAGUGUGUUCUCCCUAGCCCGCUCCUACCUUCCCUCCACCCUCCUGAGUGAUUUCAUUGUCAGGAGGGAUAUCCAGGGUGUCUCCCUCCUUCCCGUUCUCUUGGCCAGAAGUUACCAGACUAUACUGUCUCUUUACAAAUAAGAUUUAAAAAGCUUUGCUUUGUUGUCUUCUCAGACAUACAUAUGCAUAUACGUUUUAGAUGUUCUUAUAAGAGAAAAGAUGGUUUUUAAAUGUGCCAAGUUGUGUAUAUAUAUACAUAUAUAUAUCUGCUGCGUGAUUGGUAAGCAAUACAAUAGUAAACAUGUCCCCAUUACUUUUUUCUAAUACUGGACCAAGGCUGUCCUAAUUGUACAUUUCCCCUUAUGAUGAUGAGGACACUCUGACUCGUUUAGGUAGAAACAUUGACCACCUUCCAUUCCAUUGAAUCUUUUUUUUCUUUUACCUCCUUUCUAUGUCAACCUUGAGGAAAACAAAACAAAACAAAACGAGACAGGGGAUGCCAAAGAUCCCCUUGAGCAGAGAAAAAGCAGAAUAAAUAUUUUAUUAAAGAAAAAAGAGAAUUAAGAAAAUAGUUUGGAGUAUUUUCUUACUGUAGAGAAGCACUGUACAUUACUAAGAGACCUGGGUAUAAGAUACUCACGUGUGGAGUUGGAAAAAUCGCAUGUCCAAGCCCGUCUGAGUGGUUUCUUUUGGUUUUCAUUACAGGGAGAGGGUGGGAGGGAGGUGGGAAUAGGGGCACUUUGGGGGUCUCCUUUUAGUCAAAAGAAGGAAAGUGACAAGAAAGAGAAGAUUAAAACUCAAUGUUUCCUUUAAUAGUGUUAAACACUAAAAUUUUAAAAAAGACAUAAAAAGAAGAAAAAAAAACUUUGUAAAAUGCGAGAACAGAAGCAAAAGACACUACGCUCUGUCAUUUUAUCUUUCUUUUGUUGAAAGACUAAAAACUGAAAUGUUUUUUAGACAAUCAAAUGUUAGGUAAGUGCAAAAACUUGUUUUUUCUUACUGGUGUAGAAAUUAAUGCCUUUUUUUAUUUUUCAGUUAUUUUAUAAUAACGAAAUAAAAAGAACCCCCCAGCUGCCAGGCGGGUUUUGGUGUUUGAAAUGCGGGGCAAAGCACUACAUCACUGCAAAUAGAUACAGAGUUAGUCUGCAUGUCUGUAGGCUGUGUGAUUGCGGAAAAUAUAAAUGCUGCUAAUAUAUUUCCUUUUUACAAAAGCAUAUCUAAAUAGAUGAUUGUUUUGAUGUUAAUCUUUGUAAAUUAUGUAUUACCAAUUUUAACAUUGGAUGUAAUUGCAUAAAAAGCUUGCAUCUCAAUCCUUGAAAGUCUAGUAUUAAAUGGAAAACCUUUUCCUAA